AUGACUAUGGUGCUAUGGUACUAUACCUUAAAGAAACACAUGUACUUGGUAAAUAAUCAGCCAUUGGCUUUUUUUGUGAUGGCCUGUGCUCCGUUGUCGGGAAACUCCAAAUGUGUUGUUGUACUGGGUGUAAUGCAAUUCACGACAACAUAUAAACAGCCCUUAUGGAUUCGUGUGUGCAUGAGGUUGUCUAUAUGCCUAUACAGGAGAGCACUAAAACAAAACAGAAAACGAGGACUUGCUGAUGCCUUGGUUAUUUUCUGUGUUUUGCUUGACCUCUCGAGGUGGCACGUGAAUGUGAAAUGCCAAAGAAGUGAGUCUAUGUGA